AAGGAAACGCGUUUCAAUAAUUGGGCGCAGCGCGUUCAAUUCAAGCAUCGUCUUGAUCCACUGUCCAUUUGUCUCUCUCUUCAUUCACGAGCUGUCACUGAGUUCACCUACAAAUUUCAAACUCUCGUAAAUUCAAUUUUCGGUGCACAUACAAUUCUAGACAGAUAAGUUUAAACUGUUUCUUGUUUUGAAUAUUAUUAUUAUUAUUAUUAUUUUUUGGAAAUUGCGAUCGGAUUUGGAGGGAGAUGGCGGCGCCGAAUAGAAUCGAACGCGCUCACCAGAUGUACCGUGAAGGACGAUACGAGGAGGCGUUAGGGUUCUACACGGAGGCAAUCGCCAUGGCUAAGACUAACCCUCAGAAGAUCGCUUUGCAUAGCAAUCGAGCCGCGUGCUUUCUGAAGCUUCACGAUUUCAAAAAGGUUACGUCUCUUUUUCGCUCCCUUUUGAAUUUGUUAUUGGUGCUUUGGUUUGGAAAGCGAUCUUCUAUGUUUUGUAAAGCAGCAGAAGAGUGUACCUCGGUGCUUGAGCUUGAUCACAAGCACAGUGGGGCAUUGAUGCUGCGGGCUCAAACGCUUGUCACCCUGAAGGAGUAUCAUUCAGCUCUUUUUGAUGUCAACAGACUGUUAGAGUUGAAUCCAUCUUCAGAGGUUUAUCAAAAUCUUCAAGCUCGCUUGAAGACACAGUUGUCACUUGCUCCAAUACCAGAAUCAGAAGAGGAGUUUGAAGAACAGGAAGACGAGGAGCCUGAAGUGAUAAUUGAAGAGGAGAAUGAAAGAGAAGAGAUGGGAGGCAAAUAUUCUUCGAUUUCUAAUAUUAUGACAGAACAGAAGGAUGAACUCGGUAAAGGCAUUGUUAUUACCGAAUGUGCUGCUCAUGAAGCAGAGCCCAAGUUUUCAAUGAAGCAAGGGGGAAACCAAAACUAUGACUCUAAGAAGUUCAUAGCAGAUGCUAUAGCUCCUAAAGCACCAAGCAGGGAAUCCAAUGAGGAAAAUUCAAAAGGAUGGCAAACUAUUCCAAAACCAAAAGGACAUUCAGCUCUAGACUACGCACGGUGGGAUAGUGUUGAAGAUGAUUCUAGUGAUGAUGAUGGUGACAGUGAAGAAGAAGAAUCUUUGCCUCAAUACCGGUUUCGUGUAAGAACAAUUGGUGUACGUCCUGUAAAGUGAGAUGUUUGUACUCUCUACUGUACAUUACCUAUAAACGGCUGUUUUGAUCCCAAAGUGAACAUAACAAUGAUAUUUGAUGGGAAAGAUUCAGUGGCUUGAAAUGGCUCUAUCAUGUUGUACGGCUUGAAGAUCUAUGAAUCCUAUAGAAGUACUGAUCUGUACUGAUUUGGUUUGACUGUCAGUGGUGAUGAGCUAUUUGGACUCUGAAUUUUACAUGGAACCCCUCCCUUUUGAAGCUGCUAAACGUCCUGUUGUGAUAGCAAGUUUAAAGGUUCGUGUUUACAUAUUGGACCAAAAUUUGGGGUGUUUUUCAGCUGCUGAGGCUCAUACAGUGAGUAAAAUCCAUUCCAGCCGGAGCAGGCUGAUUACUUUUCUUGGUGAUACUAUUUCCACAUCUAUAAAUAAUAUUCAAAUUUCCUAAUAAUUAACUAUUGUACUAUUUCGCUAUUCUGUCAUUUAAAACCAAAAUCAAGUUAUUCUAAUAAGUACGGGCACGAAGCUGUGCUUUAUGCUCUGC